CUGAACGUAAUUCGUUCGUCAAAUUCAAUGGCGGGCUGCGUUUGUUGACUUUUAUUUGUUGUUGUAACGGAAAACUUAAAUUUUAUUAGAAAAUAUUAUUUCAAUUAGAUAUAUAAUAUUUAAAGACUGUGUUUUAUUAGUUAUAAAAGAAAUUUAUAAGGUUUAAAAAUGAGUUUCAACUUUGGUUCUGCUACUACGACAGCGGGAAUCACGUUCGGCACAAAUUCACCUUCUACUGGUUCAGGAUUUGCCUUUGGCAGCGGUGAUGCUGCUAAACAAGGAUUAUUUGGAGCUGGAAAUGCAGAAAACAAGCCAGCAUUUAAUUUCGCGAGUCCUUCAGGUGGAGGUUUCUCGUUCGGUGCUGCUAAAACUACAGCGGCUGCACCUUCAGUGUUUUCAACACCGGUGACUAGCAGUGCGGCUCCAGCGUUUGGUGCUUCUAAGCCUGUAAGCUUUGGGGGCUUCGCAUCACCACCUAACCAGACGGUUGGCAGUCCAGGGUUUCCACAGAGUGGAACUACAGCUGCGGCACCUACAUUUGGUACACCAACCACACAAGCUACAACCGGUUUUGGCGCAUCACCUGGCACUGGUUUUGGUUUCGGCCAAUCAGCAACCACACAGCCGUCUACAACGGGUUUCGGUGGGCAAGCAACUACAACCGGUUUUGGCAGUACACCGGCAACCACUGGUUUUGGCAAUCCGCCAGCUGCGACAACCACUGGUUUUGGCAACCCGCCAGCUGCGGCAACCACUGGUUUUGGCAAUCCGCCAGCUGCGGCUACCACUGGUUUUGGUUUUUCUACACCUGCUUCUGGUUUUUCUGCGCCUCAACCUCAAGCUAGUACUGCUGCAACUACAACGUCAGCUGCUCAACCAACCAAUUCAUUCCUGGGCGGGGCCACGUCAGGUUUCGGCCAAUCAGCGUUCGGCGCUAAACCAGGCUCCGCCUUCAGUUUUGGUGGGGGUAACACUGCUGCGCCUGCGUUUGGUACUACGCCUGCUCCCACAACCACAGCAAGCGCGUUCGGUCAGAAACCGACGCUAGGUUUUGGUGCAAGCAAUGCUACGACAGCGCCUACGAGUCAGACUACGACUACACCUGGACAGACCGGGCUUAGUUCUGGAAUAAGCUUCGGACAAACUACGGCCACUACUGCGCCGACAUUCGGCACUGCGACUCCAAGCUUUCAGGCUGGACAGUUUGGCAGCUUGACUGGUGCACAACAAUCAACGCCCAUAAACUUCAGUACACCAAGUACUCAACCGCAAACGGGGUUAAGUUUUGCUCCAGCCUCAACCGCCCAACCGACACCCUCACUUGGUUUCGCAACUACAACCCAAUCCGGCCUUUCUUUCGGAGGGAGCCUAUCUACUCCAGCAACUACGACUGCAACAUCAGCACCGAGCUUGAAACCACUUUUGGGUCAACCAUUACCUGCUGGCCAGUUUCCUAAAUCUACUGGGUCAUUAAGCUUUGCCCCAGCAACUGUUACGCCCAGUUCUACGGCUACUACAUCGGCUGCGCCUGGCCUUGGAGCUUGGUCUACUCCGUUAACGACCACCACUGCAACUGGGCUUGGUUUCGCAACUACAACUACUUCGGCCCCGGCGCUUAAUUUUGGUACAACUGCAACUACGUCUACAUUGCAGACUGGUUUUGGUUUGACGUCGACCGCAGCGAAAACUGGAAUUAGUUUUGGAAAGCCUACUACAUCUGUAGCUGCGUCGUCCGCAGCGUCCACAACAGCUCCGUCGGGCAUCAUAGCUCUAGGCAAAACUACAGCUACCACUACAAUGGCGUCCUUGACUACGGCUACCACUACAACAGCCGCGGCGCCUCCACAGAUAGUGACAUCGAUUACCUUUGCGCAGCUCGAGGAGAACAUAAACAAGUGGACGUUAGAAUUGGAAGACCAAGAGAAGACGUUCAUCAACCAAGCUACACAGAUUAACGCGUGGGAUCGACUGCUUAUUGCUAAUGGGGAGAAGAUAGUAGAAUUAAACGAUGCCGUACAAACAGUGAAGAACGAGCAACAGAGCUUGGAACAUGAGCUCGACUUUGUACUGGCACAACAGAAGGAGCUAGAAGAUCUACUCGCGCCCAUGGAGAAACAACUGUCGGAAGAAAAUGUUGAUAGGCUCCGAGACCCAGAGAGGGAACAUAUGUAUUCACUAGCAGAAAACUUAGACACACAACUAAGACAGAUGUCAGAAGACUUGAAGGAGGUCAUUGAACAUCUCAACGAGACCAAUAGGAGUCAAGACAGUAAUGAUCCGAUCGUCCAAAUCGGCCGCAUCCUCAACGCUCACAUGUCAUCAAUGCAAUGGAUAGACAACUCCAUAGCGCAAAUAUCCACAAAACUGGACCAAUUGAAAGCCACACACGAUACUCUACGGCGAGACAACGAGAGAUCUUACCAACUUACUUACAAUUGAUUAACAACUCUAUCUACAUGUAAUAUAGAAUUAAAUUUUGUUAAUUCCGUCAACGCUGGAAGGAGGCGUAAUUACGUCUGACAGAUUUUUUUCCAUUUAAAAAAAAGAAGUACUUAGAUAAAGCAAGUUAAGGUUUAGUCAUCGCUACGUCAGGGUUUUUCAUUCAGAGAAAAAAAAAGUAUGUGGCAAAUGUUGUUAAUUAAUUUACUAGAUAGACAUUGAAAAAAUAACUCUCCCUAUAGCAACUUAGCAAGCAUAAACAGGGCACAGUAAAGCAGUAUCGUUGGUACAGUUUAUAGAUGAGUAUAGAUACAAUUAAAAUUAAUAAAAAAAUAAUAAAACAAUAGACUUGAAUACUUCUUUGUAUUGACAUA